GGCUGCGCAGCUGGCCUCGGGCCUGUCCUGCCGCGUCUGCCAGCAGCUCGUCAGCGCGCUGUGGGCAGACCUCGCGGAGCCCUCCGCGCCGGCCGUCGACGCGUGGCUCGCCGCGGGCUGCACCGCCGUGACGCGCCGGGUGCUGCUGCAGCAGGGCUGGCAGGCCACCACCUCUGGCUGCGACGGCGCCGGGCACAGGGUGGAGGGGAACACGUGGUGCUUCCUGCAGGACCCAACCAGCAGCGUCGUCCGGCGCCCCGAGCUCGCGAACGAGUACGACCCGGCCAAGGACGCGCUGUACCUGGCGUGUCAACGGACCGUCGGCCGGCACGCGGCCCGCCUGUCCGGUUUCCUCCCGGGCGCAACGGCACGGCCCCGCGCGCGCGCAACGAGCACCUGUCGCGGCAGGCCUGCGCGCUGGCCGCGUGCUGUGCCCUGCCGUAGCCGCGGGGCCCUGCGCGGAGGCUGGGGAUGGGGCUGCUGUCGCGAGGAGGCCGUGGCGGGCCGCCCUGCGGAGGGGCGGGGCCAUCAGAGCACUCGGAGCGCGCGAGCGGCUGAGUGGGAGGAGGCGCCGCGCUGAGCCGGAUCCUUCGGGUCUGCGCUCGUCGGUCGGCUUGGUCGCGGGAGCGGCCGGUGCUCGACGCGGAGCCCUCCUGGUGCGACCGCGCAGGAAAGGUGCCCUUGGCGGGGCGUGUCCCAUAGGUGCGCGCCCCGUGCAGGGUGCGCGCCCCGUACAUAGCUGCCGCGCGCCAGACGCUUAGAGAACGAAUAGCGUUUACGUUGCAUUGUUCUUGGACCGCUAGGAUACGCAGGGAAUUCUGUUUCUCGCUGACCUUUGUCACGAACGGCGGCGGCAGCUUGCGCUGGAUGUCUGGA